CAGCUGACCCCGAGUCAACAUGUUCGCCCUCAUCCUAGCAUCAGUGCUCAUCGCUAGCGCCUUUGGGUGUGGAAAACCACCCAUUGAGCCUCUCAGCUCUCGUGUGGUCAAUGGAGAGGAGGCCAGGCCCCACAGCUGGCCCUGGCAGAUCUCUCUGCAGUAUCAGAGCGGUAGCUCGUGGUAUCACACUUGUGGAGGAUCUAUCAUUGCUGAAAACUGGGUGAUGACUGCUGCUCACUGCAUCAGUUCUGGGCGCAACUACAUGGUGCAUGUUGGUAAACAUGACCUGUCAGUAUCUGAGGACGGCUCAAAGACCAUCAGUGCACAGAAGAUCAUUGUGCAUGAGAAAUGGAACUCCUUGUUUGUGGCUCUCGGAAACGACAUUGCACUGAUCAAGUUGUCAGAGCCUGUGACACUGAGUGAUACUGUUCAGCUGGGCUGCAUUCCUCCUGCUGGCUCCAUCCUCGAAAACAACUACCCCUGCUAUAUUACAGGCUGGGGAAGACUCUCCACUGGAGGCCCUCUUCCUGAUAGAUUGCAGCAAGCACUGAUGCCCGCUGCGGAUCACGCCACCUGCUCCAGGUCUGACUGGUGGGGUUCCACCGUCAAAGAAACCAUGGUCUGCGCUGGUGGAGACGGCGUUGUCGCUGGCUGCAAUGGUGACUCUGGCGGUCCCCUGAACUGUAAGAACUCCGGCGGCGUCUGGGAGGUGCAUGGUAUUGCCAGCUUCGUUUCUGGUUUGGGCUGUAACACUGAGAAGAAGCCUACUGUUUUCACCCGUGUGUCCGCUUUCAAUGACUGGAUCGACAAGGUCAUGAUGAACAAUUAAGAUGAACCAAGGAUGCCAGCCUUAUUUUAAUACCAGCAAACCAACCCACCAAGAAAAAUAGUAAAUAAAUACAUACUGUCUCAACAAGGGAUCUACUUCUUCCAUAAUUUUUUCCUUUCCCACUCUCCCACACUGAUGCAAUACAAACUGCCAAAUGUUUGCCAGAAUAUUAAUCUAAACCUAAACUUCACUUAACUGAAUGAAAACAUCUCCAGAUUAAGCACCUGAGAGUUUCCAUGUUGCAUCUAUGUUGAACUUGAUGAAUGCAGCUGAUCUGAAUGUCAGAUACGGUGUUUUAAAGAUUCCAUUACCACAGAGAACGAUAGAUCAUUUGGCCAAAGGAGGUGAGGCUAUCUAUGAUCGCUUCCUACUCAAGUGUAGGAGGAAGGGAUGAUAAUCAUGACCUGCUGACAUGCAACAAUAUCAUGUGAAAACAGCACAUGGAUGAUCGGGGAUCUGUGGGUUUAAAUAAAGAAGUGUGUAUUAUUGCCAAAUUCUCAAACAUAAUUUAAAGAUGAUGUUAAA